GCUGCGGUUUGAAAUAGGAGCCAGGCGGACAGUUGCCUCCCCGCUCCUGACUUUUAAUAGGCUGGGAAACUUGACAUUGUCUUAGGAAGGGUCCCCCCUAGCAAAGGAUAAAAGGAGGGGGGGGGGAGAAAAAAGUAAAAACAUCCAAGACGAGGGGGGGAAAAAAAACUUGCGUACAGUGGGAAACUUGAUGGAUCCCUGCCCUGCGGCCGGCGGCGCAGCGUAGCCCCUUCCCGGCUGGAUGGAUGAUGGGAAGCUCACCAUGAGGCAGAUAGCUGAUCAGCUUCCCUGGAUUUCGCUGACGCCACAGGAAAGCUUUGCCUGAAGAUGGAAACACUGGAGUCGGAACUGACCUGCCCUAUCUGUCUGGAGCUGUUUGAGGACCCACUGCUGCUGCCCUGCGCUCACAGUCUGUGCUUCAACUGCGCGCACCGCAUCCUGGUCUCCCACUGCGCCUCCAACGAGCCGGUGGAGUCUAUCACCGCCUUCCAGUGCCCCACCUGCCGCUAUGUCAUCACCCUCAGCCAGCGCGGUCUAGAGGGGCUCAAGCGCAACGUCACCCUGCAGAACAUCAUCGACCGCUUUCAGAAAGCCUCGGUGAGUGGGCCCAACUCCCCCAGCGAGACCCGUCGGGAGCGGGCAUUUGACAGCAACAGCAUGUCCUCCUGCGAGAAGGUCCUCUGCCAAUUUUGCGACCAGGACCCUGCCCAGGAGGCAGUGAAGACAUGCGUGACCUGCGAGGUCUCCUACUGCGAGGAGUGCCUGAAAGCCACGCACCCCAACAAGAAGCCUUUCACUGGCCACCGGCUGAUCGAGCCCAUCCCGGACUCUCACAUUAGGGGAUUAAUGUGCUUGGAGCAUGAAGACGAGAAGGUGAACAUGUACUGCGUGACGGACGACCAGCUGAUCUGCGCCCUGUGCAAGCUGGUCGGGCGGCAUCGGGACCAUCAGGUGGCAGCUCUAAGCGAGCGCUACGACAAGCUGAAGGAACUAACCGCAUUCUGGAGUCCAGACCUUGAUGAGAAUUCAGGAGCUGUGACAGUAUCACUCUGUAGUGCAGUGGUAGGCCAGCAAAACUUGGAGAGUAACCUCACCAACCUUAUUAAGAGAAAUACUGAACUGGAAACUCUUCUGGCAAAACUCAUUCAGACCUGUCAACAUGUAGAAGUAAAUGCAUCUCGCCAAGAAACCAAGCUGAUGGAAGAAUGUGACCAGCUCAUCGAAAUAAUACAACAGAGACGACAAAUAAUUGGAACCAAAAUCAAGGAAGGAAAGGUGGUGAGGUUGAGAAAACUGGCUCAACAGAUUGCCAACUGCAAACAGUGCAUUGAGCGCUCAACAUCCCUCAUCUCUCAGGCUGAGCAGUCGCUGAAGGAGAACGAUCACGCUCGCUUCCUGCAAACCGCUAAAAACAUCACCGAAAGGGUUUCCAUGGCAACUGCAUCCUCCCAGGUUCUAAUUCCUGAAAUUAAUCUCAAUGAUACUUUUGAUACUUUCGCACUUGAUUUUACCAGGGAGAAGAAAUUGUUGGAAUGCCUUGAUUAUCUUACAGCUCCCAACCCUCCCACCAUUAGAGAAGAACUCUGUACAGCUUCUUAUGACACUAUUACUGUCCACUGGACAUCAGAUGAUGAGUUCAGCGUGGUCUCUUAUGAGCUGCAGUACACCAUCUUCACUGGACAAGCUAAUGUUGUCAGUUUAUGUAACUCAGCCGACAGCUGGAUGAUUGUUCCCAACAUCAAGCAGAACCACUACACCGUGCACGGGCUGCAGAGCGGCACAAAGUACAUCUUCAUUGUUAAGGCCAUUAAUCAGGCUGGCAGCAGAAGCAGCGAGCCAGGCAAGCUCAAGACAAACAGUCAGCCAUUUAAACUGGACCCCAAAUCUGCUCAUAGAAAACUGAAAGUGUCUCAUGACAACUUGACAGUGGAACGUGAUGAAACCUCCUCCAAAAAGAGUCAUACACCAGAGCGAUUCACAAGCCAAGGGAGCUAUGGAGUAGCUGGCAAUGUGUUCAUUGACAGUGGACGGCAUUACUGGGAAGUGGUGAUAAGUGGGAGUACAUGGUAUGCCAUUGGUAUUUCAUACAAGUCAGCACCGAAGCAUGAGUGGAUCGGGAAGAACUCUGCCUCCUGGGUGCUGUGCCGCUGCAACAACACAUGGGUGGUGAGACACAACAGCAAAGAAAUCCCAAUAGAGCCUGCACCUCAUCUCCGCCGGGUUGGCAUUUUGCUGGACUACGACAAUGGUUCCCUUGCUUUUUAUGAUGCCUUGAACUCCCUGCACCUUUAUACCUUUGACAUUACAUUUGGGCAGCCCGUAUGCCCCACAUUCACUGUGUGGAAUAAGUGUUUGACCAUUAUAACAGGCUUGCCCAUCCCUGAUCACCUAGACUCCUCUGAGCAGCUGGCAUGACUGUUAAAAGCCAACAGGUAGGAGGAUAUGUUUCCAAAGGCAGCUGCCUGCAGGAGCUCACCUGGAGCUGGUGGACUGCGUGGCAUCUCAGUUGUUGCUGCCAAAACCAGCCAGAACCGAAAAAGGGGUGGAUCUCUGUUUUCUGAGUACUUUAUGCAGAAGGACAAGAAGUGGCUUUAAUAAUACCUUAGAACUCUUUUUGCAGUUGCUUUUGUUUUGGUUCACAUUUAGUCUCUUUCAGGAAGAUUUAUAAAUUAUUUAUAAAAAAUUAAAAAAAAAAAAAAAGAAUUAAAAAAAAAAGAAGAAAAAUGGAGAGAGAAGGAAAGCCUAGUUUGGAUACCUGGAAAAUGACUUAUUUGUUUUGCACAUCAAUGGUCACAUUCAUCAAAGUUUCAUCAGCUCGUUACAUUAUUUUAUUUUACAGUGGAUAAAGGCAGGAAAUUGGAAGGAUAAAAGUGUGCAGUGGUGGACAAGUCAGUAUACUGCUGGUUUUAUUCGUGCCAAUUUUAGUAAUCAUUACCGAUCUUACUGAAUGCAAAAUCUCAUAAUUUCUACUUUGCACGUGGGAAUGUGCAGACCAAAAAGAAUGAAAACAAGCAAGUAAAGCAGUAGAGCUAGCCAACACAACAAAAGUAGAAAGUUUUAUUUACUUCUCUUCACGGGGCAGUGUGUUCUCUGUUCGCAAAACACAUGUGGAGUAUCUCCUAGAAAUGUGAGUGCAUAAACCAUGUGGUGAUUUAUUUUAUUGAUGGCAACAUUCCCAUCUGCCAGUUUCACUUUCAUCUUUGGGAAACACUGUAGAAUCAUUGAGGAUGUGAAAGACUGAUACCAUCUCUGAAAUGACAACGCUGGAGGAGAGGAGCCACCCCAAGGUCUGACUGUAGACUAAUUUGACAAAGCACUGCAACAUUUAAGGUUUGAUUGUAAUGGAAGACAUCAUGUUUCUGAUGGUAGACACAUGAAUGCUUAUUGCUGAUUUUACAAGGUUCAACACAGCAAGCCCAGCCAAUAACUCGGAAGUGAGACAUGAGCCACCUUACCAUUGGUUUUAAAUUAAAUACAAAUGUUUCAUUGUUGUACAUUAUGUAGUAAUAACAAAGCAAGGAAAUCUGUUUUGCAUGAUCUGUAUGGAGAAACAUUGCAGAUGGAGUUUGUUCAUAAUUAUCAUUGUCUUGAGUUGUUUGGGGAAGAACAGUUCUCUUUGUGAAUGAGCAGUAAAUAACAUAUUUUCAGGCAUAGUAGGAAUCUGCACAGGCAGGCUCUACAUGCACACAGGUGUUGGUGAAUGAACUUCAGUGAAGUCAAUAGAGGUUGCACCUAUUUUAUCUCAAAGCUGAACCAGGUGCAUUUUUUUCACUUUUCCUUCUACGAGGUAGAAGCCCUUUGUAACUGUUUGUAAAUGAUCAUUUAGGGAGAUGCUUGAGGCAUACGACAACUUUAAAAGAAUGGCCUUGCAGUGUUUUAUUGUUAUUGUUCAAGUAGAGAAAAUAUGCCUGUGUGGAAAGAGUAUAAACUGAAUACCAACUUUUAAGAAAAGAUUUGUCCAGAAGUUUAUAACCAUGCUUAGGUGUCUUUUGAAAAGGAUGCCCUAAUGCACUUUGUUCACUAAUGGGUCCAAAACAAAAUGGUCCCAAACUCAGCUUCAGGUUUUGUUUUUUUUUAAAUACCAAUUCUGCAGGUACAAAGCUGUACUACAGUUUGCCUUAUGAUGAUGUAGAAAACUUAGGAACUUGGUAAUGAAUACAUACACGCCUACACGAUUUUUCCCUUUUUUAAUAGGAAAUAAAUGUCCCUGUUCCUUUGGUUUCCCUUUACAAGCUCUACUAGCUUAAGCGGAGAAAAGUGUGACAGUACAUUGCUGGUAAUGCAUGUGGCUUUCUGCUGUGGCAGUAUCCCAUGGUUCACAGGCAGGAAACUUUUUCCAGAGUUGACGUAAGUAUGGGAAAGUACAAACAUACAUUGUCAGUGUACCGCACUGUUUAUCGUCGUAUCUUAAGUAUUAAAGAAAAGAAUAUGCUCAAAAAUGAAAAUCAAUUCUCAAAUAUGACAUUUUGUAUCUGAGUACAUUGCUACCAGUACAGCCUGUUGCACAUUGCCUGAAUGACCUGGCCUGGAAUGUUUGGAAGAUAGCUGAGAUGGCAUGAAAAUUAUUAUAAUGAGUUGACAGGAGAUGACUGAUGAGAAGCAAUGAUAAAAAUGUUCAGGACAAAGGGACUCUUAAUGUAGGAUUUUUGCCAAGUUUCUGCCCAACAGUAAAGUAUUUAUUACCUCAGUACAAGUGGCAAGGCUGUGUGCCUCCUCUUGCCCUAGAAAUAUUAAAUCUAGAAGCUGAUCUGUAGUGAACAAAUUGAAAACACUCUUCAUUGUUUGGCCAUACAAUGUUAGCAGUGAUUGAGCUAUAUGUAGUUAACACCAUGAAUUUGGACAGAUCCCACGUGAUCUCACGUAUUUUCAUUUUGAACACAGUGCAUUCAAAGGCUGAUCAUGGUUUUGGUGAAAGUUAAAAAACGAAUGCUCUUCUAUCUGUAUGCCUUUCUGUAUUAUUUAUAUUUUAACACAGAAUACUUCAUUUGGAACUAGGCCACAUUGCUACAUUGGACUGUCAGUUCAGUGAGUACACUCUGUGUGUAUAUGUUUGUGUAUGUGUGUAUACAUAUGUAUAUGCAUAUGUAUGUACGGGUAUACACACAACAGUAUAUGCACAGAUAUAGUGCAAUGUGUGUUUAUACGUACAUAGAUAUAUACACAGAAUGAUACUAAUUAGUCAGGUGCUCCUUUUCGCUUGUUUCUUGAAUUAUUUCAUAUUCUGUAUGACUAUGAGGAAACAAGUUGCUAUGAAUGGUAUUCAUCUGGACAUUUUUUAACAUACAAAAUCUGUUCAUGCCUGAUUAAUCAAUAAAAGCAUCCAUUCAAAACUGUAGCUUCUGUGGUCUGUGGCAUUUUGCAUGGUCCAUAGGAACCUAUUGGAAUCUGGGGGAAUGGUCAUCUUUUUGUAAAGAUAAAGCAUGCUAUUUUUAUGUAUAGUCUUAGCUGAAGGUUUUUUUCCUGAGAUUAGAAAGUAUUGUAACUUGGAAUAAGCUAACACUUUAUAAUGCCAUUUUACUUGUGGAGUAGUCUGCUGAGAUGCAAACAGUGAAUGUAAUAGGUAAAGCCUAUGUUGGUAUAAUGAUUGUUCCAAGGAUAUAUUUCAAAAGCCAAGCUGUGAUUCAGAUGAGUUAUUGACUCCCUUAGGAGAUGGUAGCGACAUCUCAGAGUAGUUUAAGCUCUGGCCUAACCUGAAGUAAUGUUGUGAAUGGGAAACUUCUUUCUGAGACCAGAUAAGAUUUUCCUUAUGUUAAGCUUCCAUAUGUUAAUGCACAUCUAACAGGGAAAAUAAUCAUUUAGAAGUCAUACAUUAUUUAGUCGACUGUCUUCACUCAUUGUAGAUUCCUACUAUUGGCUUUCAGAGAACAAGCAGAGAGCUGAAUUUACUGCAUUUUCUGUCAUACGUCUAUUCUUUGUCUGUCUUGGGCAUCCCAUUUCUCAGUUGGCCAUAGGACAGGCCUCCACUAAGCAGUGGGUCCCAAAUGUAGGAAGCAAAAAAAUUCCUCAGUGGAUACAGUGUAUGAAGCUGAAAAUUGGCAAAAUACUGAUAAAAGCUCAUAAGCAUUCUUCCUUCCAUUAGCAAUGGUAGGUCACUGUGUGCAUGAUUUGUUCAGAUUCUUGAUAAGGGAAGGCUGUGCUCUCUCUAUGUUAGAAAACAUAUCAGGACACUAUUGAUAGUACAAAUUAAAGUAUCAGCUCUUUAAUGAGUUCCCUGUGAGAUGGACAGUAUUUAUUGCACUGUGAAGAAAUGUUGGCAGUGGGAGAUUUCUUGACAGUUAUUUGACAUUGCAGACAGCAUUUCAUUUGUAAUUAUUCAGAUAAAAUAGGUGUCCAGUAGUUCCCAGUUCUGUUGUUAGUUAUGAUAUCACAAAUUCCAGAUCAGCCCACCCACAAAGUGAGAAUUGUUAAUGGCUCUUAUUUGCUAUUGGUUUUAAUUGAAAAACUGUCUUCAUUUCUGUGUUAGGAGUGAAAAAAGUUUGGAUCCAUGGCACAUUCCAACUAAGGCAGGGCAUGUCUGGCCUUAGGCCAUUGUUGGACAGUCUUAAACUAGUGGUUUAUCAUUUUAUGUGAUCAAGCUAUAUUUACUGUGUAACUAAGUACUGGCUUCUUAUGGCUGAUCUAGCUCCUUUCCUGAAUGUUAGAAUUCCCACAUUUGGUCAGAAUAAUUAUUUUUUUAUUCUUACUUACUAUUCAUAGUAUUCAGCGCUGAAAUCUCUUCUCCUUGUGCUGUGCUUACUAGGCCUGUCUAAUCGAACUGUGUGCUAUUUCCAUAUAUCAACUCCUGUCUGGUCAUUGUUUGAAGGACCAAAUGUAAAUGACACCAGGUUGACCAACCAGUCAAUUUUCCCAAUUGCAGCUAAGCCUUCAGCAGUGUCAUUCUUACUGAGCUUGUUGUAUUUGACCGCCAAAUUGUGAGUCAUGUGGCCUGCAGAUUUAUUUAGAUUAUGGUUUUGUCUUGAUUUCUCUGUUUGUUACUGGAUAUUCAGGGGGCAUUAUGCUUUUUCAGUCAAUCAGCAGAGAGAUGUGUAAAAACAAUAUGCCUCAUAUUUUCAAGCUGCAUUUUAUAGUUUUCCAUUUUGUGAUGUUAAGGUCUAUAUCUCAUAAAGAUAAGUUAAAACACAUGCAUAGGUUGCCUAUGUAUUGAUGUAAUGGCGAAUGUCUCAUAACACCAUCUCUAAUGUCUCUUCACGUGCUGAUUUUUCCCACAGUGGAAAUGCAUAUGUAUCAUUGGGCUGAUUGCCCAUUUAGAAAUUAAGAUCUUCAGCACAAUGAAGAACUUUGGUCUUAAUCUUGGUCUUUUCCCCAGGGAGGAAAGCCCUACUAGCUUCCAAGUGCUGAUGGUGGGUCUUCCAGAUUAUACUGUGCUGUUUGUCUUUAUUGUGCUUUCUGAAGUUAAAGAAAAUCUUUGCAUUUUUAACUUCGUUUUAUCAGUGUGUUUUCAUAUGAAAAAUAGUAAGAGAUUAACGAGCAGUAGCUGUAAGUGCUUCAGUGCGAUCUGUGCCAUGAGGUGUAAGACAUCCAUGUACAUUAAUCUCUGUACAGAGUGAUAUGAGUUUGAAUACUUGAAUACUUGUUGAGGAAGCUCUGAUUUAGAAGCACGACAAUGUAUUUGGAAGGCAUGUAGUCUUCCAGUAUUUUUAGCCUUAUUCUUCCACAUCACAAUUGAAAGGGUCAUUAUUACUGCUGCCUGAGAGGCACAGAGGUAGCAAAAGAGUUCUGGAGAAAUGCUGAAAGAGGUCUCUCGAUGGCAGGGCAACCAUUCUGCCACUACUGCCUGCCCUCACACCUUUCCACAGUGCUGCAAAGCAAGUCUUGCCUUAUUCUUUGUCUUGUUACUGCUCAGCCCCAGUCUACAUUCCCAAAUGACAGAAAAAACUUUGCAAUUAUAUGUCUGAAAUCCUAACCUGAACAAAUGCAGCAGGGCAGGGAUGGCAGCCCCAGGCCUUGAUUCUCCUUUUUUUUGCUCCUUUUGUCCAGAUUUUUGCUUCCACUGACUUCAAAGGGGAUUUUACACAGAGGUAGGUACAAGCUCAUGAAUCUUCAGUUUCCAAUGAAUGAGGAGCUCCUGUGCUAACAGCACAGCAUUCCUAUUAAAUCAUAUCUUCUGAGAAAGCACAUUAGCUGCUAGCAAAACUGCUGUUUCUUAUGAGCUGUUCUUAUGAGCGCAGGUGUGCUUUAAGAUGUAUAGUUCAGUAACAUUCCUCCUGGGUUCAUUGUGUGAUGCUUUGCUGUUUCCUCAAAGCAAGGCGAUAACAAUUCUUUUAGCCAUUUCUUCCUUCUUUCUGCUUCCCCACUCAUUUUCAGAUGAGUUCACUUACUAAUUCCAAAAUCAGAGUUGUGAGGAAUGCAUGUAAAGGGGAAUAUCUUUAUGUUUUAAAAAAAAAAUCGUUUAAUUUCCUAGAAAAUUACCUUUUUCACAAGACUUAUGGAAAAUAAAAUCAGAAUACUAAAGCAAUGUGUUAUUAGCAGGUAAGCACAUUUUUAAUGCAGAAGUUAAAGAAGGAAUGCAGAUAAACCCAAUACUCUUUUACAAAUAAAGUUAUUUAAUUGUUGAUGGCUUACUAGUAUUUCUCUCUGAUUAAAACACUGUUAUGAGACCUGAUUAGGGAGCACAACCAGAUCAAGAGUAGAUUAUUUGAGAAUAUUUCUGGAAUAAGUACCUCUAGUAUCAGUAUAAAUGUAUAUAUAAAUGUAUGUAUGUAUGCACUGAAUCUCAUUAAGCUCAGCAGGUUUCUGUGUUGUUUUUGUUUGUUUGUUCUUCAUUUUUAAAUAUGCUUUCUUGUCUCCAGCAUCAAUUCCCAGUCUGCAAGGAUAUCUCUCAUUUGGGAAGCAUAGAGUCUAAUUCUUUAUGGAAUUAGGAAUAAUUUUGUCAUACGGUAUGUGAGAACAUCUCUCACUGGGAGUGGGCAAAUUGAUAUUUAUUUCUGUCAUCUCUGUGUAAGAGCUAUAGACAGACUGAAGAUGAAACAGGUUCAUCCAAAUUUGUAAGUGUGGGUAGAGGUGGAAGGAUUCACCUUUCAUUCUCUGGUGAAUCACACGUAAUGAUUACAACUGGUGGCAGACUGGUUAGUAGACUAAUUAGUAGAAGACCAAUUGGUAGACCAGUUAGUUUGCUAAUCCAAUCAGUAACUUAUGCUUUUAAUUUGUUCUGUUGACUGUCUUCUCUCGUUUUGUCAAUUAGAGUUUAAAAUGUUACUUUUUUCCACCUAAGCCCCCUCCCCAAUAAAUAAAUAAAUCCAGAACUGUUUGGCUUUUGUCAAACUUGAAAGCAGACUUUGCUGAUGCAGUGUCAAUCGCUUACAGCAGAUAAUUUCAUAGGAACAGGUACAGAGUUCUCACCACUCUUGGAGCCUGAAGAAACCAUUAGCCAGUUUCAUGGCUGAAAUACUAUCAAGUUUUGAAUGCUUUCACGUAUUUUUAACUAUGUAAGAAAAAACGUGUAGCACUAAGAAAUGCAACUAAUUUUAUACAGAGGUGGUAAUAGGUGUCAUUUUUUCCAGCUACAAAACUGCUGUUUGAUACAGGGACAGGGAAAUAUUUCUAUAGGUUUGUAAUAAAGCACCUGCACUCGUGCUUUUCUCAUGAACAGAGGAGUGCUGUAGCCCUACAUCCUUUGAACAUUUCAUCAGUGUGGGGAAUUCAGAGUGAUGGGAAUGCAGAAUGAUGGACUGGUGUGUGUGUGUCUGUGUGUAUGACUUUCUCCAAAUCUAUUCCAACUGGCCCAACUUUUCCUGCUCCACUGAAAGCAGUAGAAGGGACAAGCCAGCCCCCAAAGCUGUGUUUUUAUGCCCCACGUUCAGUAGUGCUUGUGGGCAGGCAGGACACACAGUCAGUUUUGAAGAGUGAAAAGUCAUCAUUCCAUCACUUUAUUCCCCAUGCUCCAUAGGGAAAAAGAAAGAAAAGAAGUCAAAAAGCACUGCAUGAACAUUCAUAUUACUGGUCUUCACUGUCAAGAUAAAGAGAAUGCAAAAAUCUAUUGGUGUAAAAUAUUUCAGCUGUUUCAUCUCUGACUUUUUAUCUUAUUUUUUAAAAUUAUAGUAGUAAGAAAAGCACAUUGGGAUAGCUAUCAAGGCUGGAACUCUAAUCAUGGAAGAUAGAAAUAGAAUUUGAAAACAUAAAUAAGAUAACUGGGGAAUGCACCUAGGAAAACAUAACCAGAAAGUAUUGUGGUAGAAACUUGUUUGGAAGGCCUUACAAAAUUCUAGGUUUACUGUAAUUACUAAUAUAGGAGAAAGGGUAAUCAGAAAGGGAAGCUAUAGGAGAGCCUUGGUUAGAAGAAGAGGUAUAUUUUUGGGUUAUUUAACCUAUCAAACAUUGGCUCGCAGGAGGUAGGGUUGUUGUGUCUGUAAGUAUAGACUAGGAGUAGCAUCAGGAAAGGUGAUAAGAGUUUUAAUUAGAAGUCAAUAUUGGUAUGAAAAUAAAUGCAGUCAAACUAUGGACAGUUAGGUCCACAGAAAUCAAGUUUAUUUCAUAGGACACAGUGUUUCAGUGUUUCAGAGAUGAAGCUUUGUGGACAAGAUUAAUCUCCCUUCAAUCUAAAUGCAUAAAUAUUAGUUAACUAGGCCAAAGUAUAUUUUCUAUACAUCCUCUAUAAUAAAUGAGAAACAAAUAGCUUCUCCGGGAGUCUAUUUGUUUCAGAUAUUAUGGCAACUUAAUUUGGACCAGUGAGCAUCCCACUGCAUAACUGAUCUUCCACUGUUGGUCCUAUGAGGAUCUGCAGGCAGAUAAUGAGUACUGGAUGUUUGCUUUUUAGACAAAUAAAGGAAGAUGAGGUGAUAAUCGCUCUGUAUAUUUAGCAAAUAGGAUAUUGACAUUUGAUGGCGGUAAAAAUAGAUGAACUACUUUUUAUAGAAUACAGAAAUGUACAGACAACUUCUGACUUCAGAGGUAAGCAGGUAAUUUUUCCCUGCUCUCACUGAAGCUGGUGUUUUGUCUCUUAUAUACAUACAGACAAGAUGAAACAUUGUAAGUCAAAAUCUUAUUGAAUGUGGACAGUUCUGCCAUCCAAAGAUUCUUCUAGCCACUCAACCCUUCUUUUUGUAAAGCAAGUAAUUUGUAAUAAUUCUUCCAUAGAAUGGCCAUCCAGUUGAUAUAUAUCCAUGAAAAUAUGUCUGUUUCACUACAGAACAAACCCUCUUGCAGAUUAUGUAUGCUUGCAGAUUAUUAUGCCUUCUAUUGCAACACUCACAUGCACAAAUAUUUUAAAUUCUGGACAUCUUAUCCACUAGCUGCAAAAUGCUAUGUAUUAAUUAACAUGGCUGCAUUAUCCUUAAUGUUUUGUUGGUUUUCUUUUAAUAGACAUUCCAUAGAAUCAUAGAAUGGCCUGGGUCAAAAAGGACCACAAUGAUCAUCUAGUUUCAAGCCCCCAUCCAUGCGCCGAGUCACCAACCACCAGACCAGGCUGCCCAGAGCCACAUCCAGCCCAGCCUUGUAAAUUACCAUUGGGUCUUGUCUACCAUUUCAUGAAUUCAGUAAUCAGCUUCAUAUAAAUAACACUCUACUGAAACUAAAAUACCUAGGUGACAGUUGGCAUGGCUGAAUUUUUCAUUCCUUACUGGAGUAAGCUUAUAUUGAUGUGAUAGAUUGAGUACAGGUAUCAAACACACACUGCCUGUGCCAAAUAUUUAAGUUGUUUGGGGUUUUGUUGGUGGUGGUGGGUUGGUUGGUUUGUUUGUAAUCCAGCUCCCCAGCACAAUUCUAAUGCAAAAGCAGCCAACAACUAUAAAUUAAAAAGAAUGUAUAGAGACACUUGAGAAACUCCAGUUCUUUAAACCUUAAGUCCAGUGCUGGGGUUAAAAGUGCUUAUUCUACCCUGUAAUUUAUUAGUAUCUUCUAAAAGGGAAAUAGGCCUGGUUUUCUGAAGGAUAACUGAGACUUCUUUUCAUAUUCAUGGUAGAUUGUUUUGGAUGGCUACCUUCCAGAAAAUCUUAAUGGGGAGAGAAAAAUAUUUUGUGGAUGGAUGUAAAUAUUCUUUUUCCCAAGGUUUUAUCCUGACUCACCUCUCUACACUGUAUAGUUUACUUUCAUAGAUUUCUUUUCAUCUGUCUCUAAACAGCAUGAGUAUUUAUCUAAUGAUGAUGUGAUGAGGAAUGAUUCAUCCUUCAGGUUAAUGGAGUGCACAGUCGAAAAAGACUUUACCAUGCAGAGUAUUGCUAACUGCUUGUUCUUCAUAAAAGGGAAGGAAGUGACUCAGACAGGAGAAAUGCUGCAGUGAGGACUGUUGACAAUCUUCAGGAUGAUAGGGAAAAAAAAAAAAAAAAAAAGAAAGAAAGAAAAAAAAAAGAAAUUGCUCAAAUAUAAGGUGAGAAAUACUUUUUGAUGGAAGGUAGGAAGUACUUUUUGAUGGGAAAAGUGUUAGUGCACCAGGAGGUUAACUAAGGGAAGCUGUCAGAAAAUCUCCUGAGCCAUGCAGAGAUUCUGGAAAAGGCUUGGCAAAUGGAGAUAAUGGGACUGAAGUUACAGUGAAAGUGGAAUAUGGACAGAACUGAGGUCUGUGAUGGUACUGGAUGGACGAGUCUGCAGGCUCCUGUUUGCAGAAUAUCAGAAUGUCCUGUGAAACAGCUCUGGAAAAGUGCAUCAUGGUUGUUGUGACUGGGGUCUUAAGAGUCAGAAACAGCAGUGAAAAUAAUGGAACUGAAAUACAAAUGAAGUAAGGAGAGUUUAGGAACAUUUCCUUUUCUGCUCAGCAACAGGAAACAACAGACAAUGAAAAACUUUGUAAAAUGACGUUUUCUCCAUUUCUAUGUGAUCUUUGUUGACAAAGAUGACUGAAAUUGAGAAAACUCUCAAACUCUGACUUACCUCCACUGGUUGUGGCAACAUGCUUCAUUACCUUCAAUAUUUUUAGAUCAUUUGAACAAAACGUUUCUCCAUGUCUGCUCUUAAAAUUCACUCAGCCUAUGAUACUAAUUCACAUGCAAAGCAGGGCCUUACCUCAGUAAAUAUUUCCCAAACCAUAUUGAAGUUUUCGUUUAUUAUGGGGUCCUUUUCGCUCUUCAAUAUGAAUGUGGAAUUACUCCUAUAUCCUUAAAGACCUUGACCCCUUCUAAUUGCACGAUGGCAACACAAAAUGGGAUCUUUUUUUCUGGCUCUAAAUUGACUCUGCCAAGGAUUCCAGUAAAUGAUGUCACUCUGGGCACUGCAUCCCUUUGAGGAGCCUGAGUCUGUGACCUGAUGGAUUGAUGUAGCAAUAGGACUGGUUUGCCUUUUGCUCAGAUGCAGGCACUGACAGAAUGCUCGAUGGUUUUGUGCUAAGUUGAUGGAAUGGAAUGUGUCUGAAAGGUGGUGGGGACGUUUGAUAAUGGAUGAUGAGGAAGUUUUGCCGUGACAUGAAGUCGCACUGUUGAGGAUGUGAGUAAAAUGUAACUGCAGUCGCUGUAAUCUAGAAGGAGUUUGACAGAAUCUUUGUAAGGUUACUGUGCUCUGAAUUAUGUUAAAACAUGGAAUUUAUGUAAAUGUAAAUGAACUGAUGUUUAGCUAUUGGGAUAAGAUACUGCAGAUGUACUGUGGGAUAUGUAUAAAUGAAUGCAUAACCUAGAUGCUUUGAGUUAUAAAAGAUGGUACUUUGACCAUCUGUCAGCAGUUUUACCCAGCUAAGGAAAUUGUGAACAUGAAAAGAAAUAACAGUUUAUUAGCAAGUGUUUGGAUUGUAAGAAUGUGUUUUGAUUUUUGUAAUAAAGAAUCUUAACUCUA